GCAAAUUAUCUGUGUAUUAAAUCAUUAAUUAAAUAUAUCAACUUGAAAAUGGCUGAAUAAUUAACAGAAGAAUAAAUUGCAGAAUUCAAAGAAGCCUUUGCUCUUUUUGACAAGGAUGGUGAUGGUACAAUUACUACUAAAGAAUUGGGAACAGUUAUGAGAUCUCUAGGAUAAAAUCCAACUGAAGCAGAACUUUAAGAUAUGAUUAAUGAAGUAGAUGCUGAUGGUAAUGGAACAAUCGAUUUCCCUGAAUUUUUAUCUUUGAUGGCUAGAAAAAUGAAGGAAUAAGAUUCUGAAGAAGAACUUAUUGAAGCUUUCAAAGUCUUUGACAGAGAUGGAAAUGGACUCAUUUCUGCUGCUGAAUUAAGACAUGUUAUGACAAAUUUGGGAGAAAAAUUGACAGACGACGAAGUUGAUGAAAUGAUCAGAGAAGCUGAUAUAGAUGGUGAUGGACAUAUCAAUUAUGAAGAAUUUGUUAGAAUGAUGGUUUCUAAAUGAUUAUUAUAUCAUUAUUAUUUAGAUAUUUUUUUAAUUAAACAUUAAUAAAAA